AUGAAUUCGACAGCGAAACAAAACCAGGCAUCUAUCGAUAUAAUCGAACAAGCAAAAGAGAAUAUUGAGCCUAGAAGGCAAGGCCAUUCUGCUUCUGCAAUCAGCAAAACAUUUUCUAAUGAUCAUGAGCAAAAAGUCAGCAACCAACUGCACGAAGAAAGAAUAAACUUUGAGGAAAAACUUCAACAAUCGGACAGAGAGGAGGAUCCUUUACAAAUAUGGAUUGACUAUAUUCAAUGGACUUUAAACUCUUAUCCUCAAGGUAAUACUACGGAAAGUGGGUUGCUUUCUUUGUUAGAACGUUGCUCUCAGCAAUUUACAAAAGCGCCCGCUUAUAAAAGCGAUAUACGCUACCUUCGUAUUUGGAUGCAAUAUGCGAAGUACGUAGAGGAUCCAGCUGAACUUUUCUCCUUUUUAUCUCUUCAUGAAAUAGGCACGAACUUUUCACUUUAUUACGAAGAAUUUGCAGGUUACUAUGAAUCAAAUGGAUUAUACACAAAAGCUGAAGAUGUCUAUCAAAAAGGGUUUCUCCGAAAGGCUAAACCUUUCGCUCGAUUUCAGCAACGUUAUGAUCAGUUUGUCCAUCGUAGAGUCAUAUAUGCUCCUGAUACUUUUUCUGCGAGGCCAAUUAAUGAGUAUCCUCCUUUGCAGACUACUUUCCAACUAUCUAAUCCUCAACCUGAAAACGGACGAUCCGAAGCGUCUGUUCCAGAUGCACGACAAUUUUCUGUUUUUUCGGAUCCUGAUGCUAUCGAUUCUUCAAACGGUAAAUCCAGCAAUCCCUCCUCAUGGGAAAAUUUUGGAACUGUGGAGCAGAAAAGGAAAGAAAAUACGAUUCCUUCUCGUGCCUGGGUCGGUGAAACUUUACAGACACAGUCCUCUCGUAAAGUUGAUCCAUUGAAUAAUUUUUCUGUUUAUCAAGAUGAAAAUUCCUCCAAAUAA